AUGGCAGCUGGGGUGGCAGCAUGGCUACCUUUUGCGCGGGCAGCUGCUGUUGGCUGGAUGCCGGUGGCGUCAGGUCCUAUGCCACCUCCACCCAGAGGGGAAAAAAGAAGGUCUCAGGACUACCUGAUUGUAUUAAACGUCAGUGGUACCCGCUUCCAGACCUGGAAAAACACGCUAGACCGAUACCCGGAUACUCUCCUUGGCAGCACGGAGAAAGACUUUUUCUUUAAUCAGGAUACGGGAGAAUACUUCUUUGAUAGAGACCCGGACAUUUUCCGCCACAUUCUCAACUUUUACCGCACAGGUCGGCUUCACUACCCACGGCAUGAAUGCAUUGCAGCGUACGAUGAAGAACUGUCAUUUUUUGGUAUUAUCCCUGAGAUUGUUGGGGACUGUUGUUACGAGGAAUACAAAGACCGGAGAAGGGAGAACUUGGAGAGGAUAAUGGAUGACGCCGACGCUGAGAGCACAACGGAGGGACCACUGCCUCCCAUGUCGGCGAGGCAGAAAAUGUGGCGGGCCUUCGAGAACCCACACACCAGUACUCUUGCUUUAGUAUUCUACUACGUAACUGGCUUCUUCAUUGCAGUGUCCGUCUUCGCCAACGUGGUGGAGACUGUUCCAUGUGGUACCAUUCCAGGGACCAUGCGGGAGUUGCCCUGUGGUGAGCGUUAUGCUGUGGCCUUUUUCUGUCUGGAUACGGCAUGCGUCAUGAUCUUCACUGUGGAGUACUUGCUGCGGUUGGUGGCUGCACCCAGUCGAUAUCGGUUUGUGCGAAGUGUCAUGAGCAUCAUUGACGUGGUGGCCAUCAUGCCCUAUUACAUAGGUCUUGUCAUGUCAAACAACGAGGACGUGAGCGGGGCUUUUGUUACCCUGAGGGUGUUCCGGGUUUUUCGGAUCUUUAAGUUUUCCCGCCAUUCGCAGGGCCUGCGGAUAUUGGGCUAUACCCUUAAGAGCUGCGCUUCAGAAUUGGGCUUUCUGCUUUUCUCCCUUACUAUGGCCAUCAUCAUCUUCGCCACCGUAAUGUUUUAUGCAGAGAAGGGCUCCUUAAACAGCAAAUUCACUAGUAUACCUGCCGCGUUUUGGUACACCAUUGUGACCAUGACAACACUGGGGUACGGUGAUAUGGUUCCAAAGACUAUAGCUGGGAAGUUAUUCGGUUCCGUAUGUUCCCUGAGUGGUGUGUUGGUCAUUGCAUUACCAGUACCUGUAAUAGUCUCCAACUUCAGCAGGAUCUACCACCAGAACCAACGGACAGACAAACGGAGAGCACAAAAGAAAUCAAGACUGGCUAGAAUUCGGGUGGCAAAAAGUGGAAGUGCAAAUGCUUACUUACAAAGCAAGCGCAACGGUUUACUAAGAGAGAACCAGAUAUUGGAUUCUUCUGGCUUACAGGAUUCCAGUGAGGAGGAACACGCUCUCAUUACCAAGACCGGAUCUACAUUCGCAACACAGCAUCACCACUUGCUUCACUGUCUGGAAAAGACCACGGGGUUAUCUCAUAUUGUGGAUGACCCUUUAUUUAGUGUCCGUUCAAGCACAUUUCUUAAUCAUGAGUUUGUGGAUGAGCUGACCUACGAAGAGCGCUGCAUGGAAGUCUCUACCAUAAAUAAAGCAAGGAAUCACAGUUCCUCUUUGUCAUCCCAGCAUGAAGGCAGUAGCUUUUGCUGCUCAAGGAGAAAUAAAAAGAAUUUACGUAUUUCAAAUGCUACAACAUGUAGCCAUCAUGGAAGUCUUCAGGAGCUUAGUGCUAUCCAGAUUCAAUGUCUAGAAAGAAACCCACUACCAAACAGCCGUUCCAGUCUAAAUGCCAAAGUGGAGGAAACCAUCAAACUAAACUGUGAGCCUCCAUAUGUUACAACAGCUGUAAUAAGUAUCCCAACACCACCAGUGAAUACGCCUGAGGAGGACGGUAGAUCAGCUUCCACUAAUUAUCUACAAAGGAACAUUGUGAGAGUGUCAGCACUAUAAACAAGAUUUUUUUUUUAAGAGAUAACUGUACAGAAAAGCUCUGACACAAAAGUAUACACUUCAAUCGCCCUGAGAUUUCCAAGCGGUGAAUUAUUUGCAAAUCAAUAAUAGACAAAAUGAUUUGAAUAAUGCAAAGGAACCGUAUAGUGUAUCUUCCAAUCCAGUAGAAGUGUGACUACAUACAUGAGCACAAUGAAAGAACGCCCACUGGUUUCAAUUUUUGGCUUUCCUAUCCCUUCACAAAUGCAACAUUUUAUAUGAAAAAAAAAAAUAUAAGAAAAACUCUGCAAACAAAGUCUUUUUGGAGUCGUAAAAUUACUAUUACAGCAAUGGAAAUAUUGUGAUUACGUUUUCCCUAGAGGAACGUUCCAUAAUGAGUAUGAAAGAACAUGCAUAACAAGUAUAUUUGUACUUAUUGAAAUGACAUCAGUAAUGCAUGCAGCUAUUCUUCAGAGCAGGGAUGUGAGAUAAUUGAAGCUGUUUCCACUAAACAUUAUUUUAGAAAAAGGCCUUUCAGUGCGCUCACAACUGGAUGAAUCAUGUUUACAAUAUCAAAACAAAGACUAACAAAAGCAUACUGGGAGCAGUAUUUCCGAGAGGACGUGAUGUCCUGUAGAUAAAUGGCGUUUCCCUGUCGUUUUCUCGUUGGGUUAUCUUGUUUGGCAACAAGCGCAAUAAUUGUGUGUUUGCUACAUCACAAGUCUCUAUUUAUUUUCUAAUUCUCAGCUUUCUUCAAAGAAAAGUCUGUUUUGACACUCAAAACAGAUAUCUGUGCAUACAGGUUGAUUACGCUACUACUCUUACUUUGUGUUGGUCAAAAAGCAAGCCUGAAUAUGAGCAAAGAUAAUAGCUAUAUUAGCUCAGUGGCGGUUUUGCAGGAAGGAUUUUUAAGAACUCUUUGAUUCUGGAACAUGCAUGAAAAUGGAUUGUUAUUGGUCUGGAAUGCUUGUGACGUUACCCUUAUUAUUUUGUAGUGCUGGUGAUGUCGGUUUUGAUGUUCAACAUUAAUAUCCUGCAGUCAUAAUGUACAUGGCGGACAAAUUCACUUAUUAUCCCCUAUCAACAGAAGUCACUCUACUAAAACCAGGGACUCAAAAUUCAGAUUGUCAAUAUGUAUAGUGCCCCCGGGUGUGUCAACCAUCACAAUUCCAGUGAGUUUGGUUAACCUGAUCUGGGAAAUGAAAGCCCCCAAGGUAAAAAUAUGGCAUAAUAAAAGUUAUGCAUAGUGCGUAGGAAUAUCCUGGUUUCGUGUACCCAUCAUUGCAAACUCCAGGAUUUUGUAGGAGAACAUCCUUCUGAUACCUAUCCAAAAGUUUUAUAGAAAAAUAUCAUUUUUUUUUCAGUGAUAACAAAUUCCAUCUGUAUAUUUAACUGUAUAAAAAUGAGUUAUUGACUGAGAUCUAUAUUUUCAUAGUUGUCAUACCUUUUUCUUUUCUAUA